UUUCAACAAUUUUUUUUGUUAUUUGUGCACUAAUAUUAUCCUACAUACCAAAUUUCAGCUUCCUAGGACAUCAGGAAGUACCCUAAAGGUUUUGAUGAUCAUCAGUGAGUGAGAGGGUCAGUGACGAAAUCGGGGUUUUUAGAUAUGCAUAAAAUCGAAGUAUGAGAGCUAUGCUAUUGAAAUAUUGUAUGCUUAAUAAGACCACUACUGACAUUAUAUCCCGAAAAUUUUGUUUAUAUGGUAUAAUCCAAACCCAAGUUAUGUAGGUUCAAAAAACGGUGAAGCGCUUCGAGAAAAGGUAGGUGGUGCCCUUGCGCUUCGCUUUCCUCGUCUUGGCGGCCAGAUAAUAAAGUCACAGAUUUUUUAAAUGUUUUAUUUUACCUGAGUUAUGUGGAAUCGUUCUAAUAUGAUGAUAUCUAAAUUGUAUACCCUGUAUUUUUUUUUAAGAGUCAGACUCGGAUGCCAGUAGUGAUGACGAGGAUCUGUUGUCCGGCCAACCAAGCAUUACUAGGAGGGAGCGAAUUUUGAUGGACACACCAGAAGACGACCAAGUGAUGUCGCUAAGCAAAGAAACAUCAGCCACAUCCAGCCAUCCCCAAUCAGAACAACCUGCAUGGAUGUCGGAUCCAUUAUACGAGUUUGGUUGGAAGCCGUUUCCAAAACAACCACUUCCUCAUGCGGUAAGAAGGGAAAUAUUUGAUGAGAGUGAGUGUGGACCUACAAUUACCUUCAGUGACCCAUAUAACGUAUUUGUAUACAUUUGGGAUAAAGAUAUUAUGGAAAAAAUUGCUCUUGAAACAAACAAAUAUGCUCAGGAGGUGGCUGAAAAAAUGAUCCAUGAAAAUUGUCUCUUACCAUCAAGUCGUAUUUGCGAAUGGAAAGAUACCACCCCUGAUGAGUUAUAUGUCUAUUUCGGAAUACUAUUAGCAAUGGGUGUGGUGGUCAAAUCCAGGCGCCUAGGUAUUAUUUCCCAUUUGAAUAAAAAAUUUCAAGACAUGUACAAAAUGGGACAAAACAUAGCAUUGGAUGAGUCGCUCCUUCAUAUUCAACAGUCUAAACUUAACAAAACAGCCAUGGUAGGUGUAAAAAGCUAUGAAAUAUGCGAUUGUCAGACGGGCUUCCUAUGGCGUUUCGAUGUACGUACCAAAAAAACGGGAUAUCAACCAUCCAACCAGGAUCCUUUAACAGCAGCUAUACCAGCCCUUAUUUUACGUUUAAUACAAGGGUUGGAGAAUAAGGGACACACUCUAUGGAUGGAUAGUUUUUACAACUCACCACUUUUGGCCCGCCAAUUGAAACAAAAAGGCGUAGACUGCGUUGGUACUCUUCGUACCAACCGGCCUUUUGUACCACUAGAGUUGACAAACUUAAAGAAACACCAGAUGGUUGCGGGGCAAGUAGCUGGAGUCACCAGUGGUGAUGUUGAUCUUAUAGUUUGGAGAGGUCAGAACCGCGUAGCAACAAUAUCGACCUACCAUGGAAAUUUCAUCACUACAGGUGAAGAUGGAGAACGGAAACCUUUACUAAUCCGGGACUACAAUACCAUGAUGGGUGUGCUAGAUAAAAAAGAUAAAAAGCUUUCUGCAUACCCAAUCGAGCGAGACCGGACCCAAGUUUGGUACAAAAAAUUAUUCCUCCGCCUUAUUAAUGUAUCCGCUUUAAACGCGUAAUUAUUCAUAAAUACUCUCGCAACAAUAACACACUUGCUCAUAGGCAAUUCCGCAUGGAACUCAUUCUGCAGUUGCUCAGCCGUACGAGUAGACAAGCCAUUAAAUUAUAUCCCGUCCCCACCACAAACGAAUUUGACGCUUAUAACCAUUACCCAGAAACCCACCCGUGGUUGCCUAAUGGCAAGACCCGAACGAGGCGUAUGUGCGCAGUGUGCCACAAACGGACCAUUUCUUAUUGUGUUGGUUGCAACAAAGCAAUCUGCGUAUACACAUGUUUUAGACUUCUUCACAAGAAUAUAAACCUCAUCGAAUAAAUUUCUAACUAUUAUAACUGCUAACAAAUGAGAAUAAAACUCUUACCCGUGGUAACAACCUCGUGAUGACAGGUGACGCGGUGCUAACUCGGCAGCUGUACGUAUGAAAGAUUCAUCGCGAAUCGCUUCGAAAUUGGAAACUACCUUUUUCCGAAAUCUUAAAAUCAAAGACUGUGGAUUAAAAUACUUGUAAGGUUUUUUAAUGAUAGAUAAUAAAGUGUUUACCUACUUAUAUUUCGAAUUAUAACUGAAAAAUCCUAAAUCGAAACAAAACCUUAAUUGUUUAAUAUAGAGGUAAAUGUACUUUGAGAAGAUAUUUCAUAUUUAUAUUCGGGUUUUAGGAACUUUGGACGUAAUAGUUUUACUCGAUAUUGAUUUUGUUUUCUUAUUUUUAAUGUUCUUUAAUUACUUUUACGUCUAGAUAUUGAUUUAGAUCCAAACAAAUUUUCAUAAAUUUUUCAUAGUGUUCUAAAGUUUGCAAUAUCUCGGAAACUGUAACUGACAAUGUGGUAUUUAGAUUGAAAUGGACACAUUUGGACAUAUUUAUAUAAUCAACCCACCGAAAUAAAUAAUAAGUUAACUACAUAGUUUAACCUAAAUGCAAGUAUUGGAUAAUCACGUCUGUUCGUUACUUCUCCAAUAUGUAGGGUAAGAACGCCUUCUAUGUUGUUACGUUAAUAGACGCAAUAACCCCAUGGUAACAUUUAUCCCGAUUGACUUUAGUAAUUUUAAAAGUGUGUACUCGUAGGAAAAUUAUUCAACUUUUUGCUUGUAAUUCAAAUUUGCCGCUCUUAGGCCAUUACUUUGAAAGGCUCUAGCUCUAGUGUAUUGCAUGGUCUAAUUUUAUUAUAAGUUUUAAAAUAUGAUAAGAUUUAAUAUAGGUAAUAAGUUAAUGAAUAAAACAAAAAAAAACGCUUAAUCAUGUUUCAUU